UGGAAGAGGCGGGUGUGUUGUCUCUCUGUUCUCUGUCAGUUGUGCCUCUGUCACCCAUAGCACUCUCCAGAGAUCCUGGCAGGGAUGGGCGAUACCCAGGAUUCCCCAAGCGGCCCGUCUGAGGUUAUCCUCUGUGGCACUUUCACCCUUGUACCUGGCACUGGCGCUCCAUUGUCGCUCAUCCUCACUCGCAAGGAGCUUUUGAUACAGACCCUGUCCCUGGAUGCUCAGCCGUCUCCCCAUUACUCUCUCGCCCUGGCCGACUGCAUCGGAUGCCGCUCUUUCAGAGGAAAAGACCCCACAGAACUUGGGGGGUAUCUUACUGCUGCAUUUUGCCCCCUCAGGGGUGAGGCGCUGGGCAAAACCAUUUAUCGGCAGCGAGUUUCCAGGACGUUUAGAAUAGAAGUUUCACGGGACAAAGAGCACAACUUUAAUGUGGCCAAGACCUGGGCCAACAGAAUCUGGGAAAUGGCUGAAGAGCAAGGCCCCCCCAGCAGCAUUCUGCCUCCCUCUCGCCGAUUCCUGGUUCUGCUGAAUCCAUUCGCAGGGACUGGGAAAGCCUCAGGCCACUUCCAAACGCACGUGAUUCCUACGUUAACAGAGGCCAAUGCCACCUUCACGCUCCUAGAGACAGAGAGGCCCAAGCAAGCGCAGGAACUGGUGAGGGACGAGGACCUGUCCGGCUGGGACGCCAUUGUUGUCAUGGCAGGGGACGGGCUGCUGUUUGAGGUGGUCAAUGGGCUGAUGGAGAGGCCGGACUGGGCCUGUGCCAUUAAAAAGCCGCUGGCAGUUCUCCCUGGUGGAUCUGGGAACGCUCUGGCUGCCUCUGUCAGUUACUAUUCUGGGCACAAACAAGCGUCGGGCACCAAGUUGCUGAACAAUUGCACUUUCAUUCUAUGCAAGGGACAGCCUGUACACCUGGACCUUGUAUCUCUUACCACCUCGUCCGGAAGGCGCAUCUUCUCCUUCCUCAGUUUUGCUUGGGGUUUAAUCUCUGACGUGGACAUUGAAAGUGAGAGGUACAGGUUUAUGGGUUCUGCCCGUUUCUCAUUUGGCACAUUUGUCAGGCUAACGGCGCUGCGUACCUAUAGGGGGCGCCUCUCGUACCUCCCAGCCAGGACUUCGCCGGACUCUACACCAGAGAGUGACUCGCACAGGCACAACUUAAACAGUUCUACAGACACUGUAAACCCCAAUGUGUUGGAGGACUCAUUGCUCGUCCCAUUGAAUGAGCCGGUUCCACCUCACUGGACAACUGUUACGGAGGACCAGUUUGUGCUUGUCCUGUUGCUCUACCAGUCUCACCUUGGGGCUGACCUCUUCACUGCUCCCAUGGUGCAAAGCCCGGGAGAAGGGGUCAUGCAGCUGUUCUACGCCACCUCUAGAAUCUCCCGGGCAUCCCUUCUCAAACUCUUCCUUGGCAUGGAGAAAGGGUCUCACAUGGGCGAGUCUAUCCCUCACAUAACCAAUGUCCCUGUCACAGCCUUUCGGCUGGAACCACUCGAGAACGUUGGGAUCAUGACUGUGGAUGGAGAGUCUAUACCAUGUUGUUCUCUCCAGGGUCAGAUCCAUAAGGGCCUGGGGCGCAUAAUCAGUAUCCCCCAGGGACCAUGAACUAUUAUGGAUGAAGGUCCCAGUGUAUUUGUGAUAUAUCUAGUGGUCAUCUUCAGGGCUGUGUUACUGCCACCAUCUUGUGGCCCUACGCUCUACCUACCUACAGCUACUAAUCUAAGGAGUCUGGCAGUGAGUCUGGUAGUGAGUCUACUUGGAGCCUGCUACAGUCACUUCCCAAAGAACAAGAAAACUUAAGGGACUUUCCUUAUGACUACACAAAUGCCUUCAACAUAAACCAGCUCAGGUAAUGGGAUUUCCUCAGCUCUACUCAGUGCCUUCAUUUCCCAGUGCCCAGUAACAUCAGUGGGCAGUGCCCGGCUAAGCCUCGGAAUCUCACCGCUUGUUUAAUAAACUUCCCACAUCCCUUCCUAUAUUUAUAGUGUUUCAGCCACAACCCAGAAUUAUAGCUGGCUGUGUAGGAGGCAAGGUGGAACCAGGAGAAGGUUGUUUGGAUGUGAGGAGCCUCCCUCAGUGAGGGCAGAACAAGGUUUCAUGAGGAAAACUGUAUUUCUCUAGAAAAGAGAUUUAUUUUUGCAAAGCCCUACGUGGAAUUAAAUAAAAAUAAAUUGGGUA